AACAGGGUGCCGUCACCGGGACAUUGAGCGUCUGCUUAACACAUGAUGUUCAAGGACUACAGAUCUGCUCGAGCUGCAGAGUGUAGAUCUCACGGCAGAGAAAGGAUUUGUUGGCAAGAUCUCUGCUGCACACCUGAUAAGGCUGUCAGUGUCCCCACGAGAGGCUGCUUCUCAAUAAUAAGAGGUCUGAAUCCGCUGCCCUUUGACCCUGCCGCGAACAACGAACCUCUGCAAUUCAGCAGCUCCAAUGGUCCUCUGGUCUCUGACUGUCCUCUGGAAAACGGAACAGAAAACAGCAAAAAGAGGAAGAGACCCAACCUUCCUCCAGAGGGGCUCAGAAAUAUCGCCAUGGACGCCAACUCUUUAGCGAUGCCCAUGUCAGACCCUAAUGCUUGGGCGACUGCCAUGAACAACCUCGGGAUGGCCCCCAUGAGCAUGACUGGACAACCUAUCAUGUCAGAUUUUGACCCCAGCCUCGGCAUGAUGACUGGAAUUGCUCCGAUGAACCCCAUGAUGCCCGGCCUUGGGAUUGUGCCCCCGCCGGUUUCGCAAGACAUGCCCAUUGUGAAGGAAAUCAUCCACUGCAAGAGCUGCACUCUUUUUCCGCCCAAUCCCAACCUGCCUCCCCCUGCCACCAGAGAGAGACCGCCCGGCUGUAAGACGGUGUUUGUGGGCGGUUUACCAGAAAACGCCACAGAGCAGCUCAUUGUGGAGGUGUUCGAACAGUGCGGGAGUAUCAUCGCCAUCCGCAAAAGCAAGAAGAACUUCUGUCACAUCCGCUUCGCUGAGGAGCACACAGUGGACAAGGCCCUCUUCCUGUCAGGUUAUAGGAUCCGGCUGGGAUCAAGCACAGAUAAGAAGGACACAGGCCGGCUGCAUGUAGAUUUCGCUCAGGCUCGAGAUGACCUGUACGAGUGGGAGUGCAGACAGCGCAUGCUGGCCCGGGAAGAGAGGCACCGGCGCAGGAUAGAAGAGGACCGUCUGCGGCCCCCCUCGCCGCCCCCCAUCGUCCAUUUCUCUGAGCACGAGUGCAGCCAGUUAGGAGAAAAGCUCAAAGACGACUCUAAAUUUGCUGAGGCCGUGCGUGUCCUGCUGACCUGGGUGGAACGAGGGGAGGUAAACCGCAGAAACGCCAACAACAUCUAUUCCAUGAUCCAGUCCUCCAACAGCCACAUUCGCCGGCUGAUGAACGAGAAGGCCGCCCAUGAGAAGGAGAUGGAGGAGGCCAAGGAGAAGUUCAAAAACGCCCUUGCUGGGAUUUUAGUACAAUUUGAGCAGAUUGUGUCUGUAUUCCACGCUGCUUCCAAACAAAAGGCAUGGGACCAUUUCUCCAAAGCCCAACGCAAGAACCUGGACAUGUGGCGAAAGCAAGCAGAGGAGAUCAGAAACAUCCACAACGAAGAGCUGAUGGGUAUUCGGAGGGAGGAGGAAAUGGAGAUGUCGGAUGAUGACAUGGAGGACGCCCCAGAAAGCAAGGAUUCGGAUGAUUCAGGGCCGCUGGCUCAGGUGGAGGCUCUGAAAGAAGAGAACGACAGUCUGCGGUGUCAGCUGGAUGCCUACAGGAAUGAGGUGGAGCUUUUGAAGCAGGAGCAGGGUAAAGCGCAGCCCCAGCACAGCGAGGAGGACACCACCCGCCAGCAGCAGCUCAGCUUCCUGCAGCAGGCUCUGCAGGGCAUGCAGAAGCAACUGCUCAAGCUUCGCGAGGAUCUGAAACAGAGAGAGACGGAGCUGGAGAAGAACUCGGAGGAAAAACAACAGCUCGAAAGCCAGAUCCAGAGUCUGAAAGAUCGGAUUCAAGCUUUCCCCACAUCACACGCUCUGCCCCUGGAGACGGCCGAGCGGGAGGACAGAGGAGGCGAGGAAAGCACCAGUCAAGCCAGCGUAAGUGAGAGACGCUGCUCUCAUCCACAUCAGCGCUCCUCAUCACACCUCAUACAGGCACCUUCCUGGAGUACGGUACUCUGUGGGGUGCUAUGGCUUUUUUGGGGGGAAAAAAUUUGAAUGUUA